GAGACAGCAGAUAGUAAAAGUUCAAAGGCCCAGACCUUUACAACAGCUAAUUAACUACAGGUUUGGGCUAUACUACAACUUCCAAAAAUGGCAGAGCAGUGGGGUGAUGCAAUCUUUGCAGCCAGACGAAAGGGAGAUGAAACGACGAGGGAAACAAUGUUUGUAUAUACCAACAGUAAUAACACCAGGGACCCCUUUGAGGGACCCAAUUACCACAUUGCCCCUCGAUGGGUGUACAACCUAGCAACAGUAUGGAUGUUCUUUGUGGUCGUUGCCUCAACCUUCACCAAUGGCCUGGUGCUGGUGGCCACAGCCAAAUUUAAGAAGCUCCGUCACCCUCUUAACUGGAUCCUGGUCAACCUUGCUAUAGCUGAUCUAGGAGAGACUCUUUUGGCCAGCACCAUCAGUGUCAUCAACCAGUAUUUUGGGUACUUUAUCCUCGGACAUCCCAUGUGUAUUUUUGAGGGAUUCACUGUGUCUGUGUGCGGUAUCGCUGCUCUGUGGUCUUUGACUGUCAUCUCUUGGGAAAGAUGGGUGGUUGUCUGCAAACCAUUUGGAAAUGUCAAGUUUGAUGCUAAAUGGGCAUCUGGUGGUAUCAUCUUCUCCUGGGUUUGGUCUGCUAUUUGGUGUGCCCCUCCCAUCUUUGGCUGGAGCAGAUUCUGGCCUCAUGGUUUGAAGACCUCAUGCGGCCCUGAUGUCUUCAGUGGAAGCGAAGACCCCGGUGUCCAGUCCUACAUGAUUGUCCUGAUGAUCACUUGCUGUAUCAUCCCUUUGGCCGUUAUCAUUCUCUGCUAUAUUGCCGUGUGGUUGGCCAUUCAUGCUGUCGCCCAGCAGCAGAAGGAUUCUGAGUCCACACAGAAAGCAGAGAAGGAAGUGUCCAGAAUGGUGGUCGUCAUGAUCCUGGCCUACUGUGUUUGUUGGGGACCUUACACGUUCUUUGCCUGCUUUGCAGCUGCAAACCCGGGCUAUGCCUUCCACCCACUGGCAGCAGCCAUGCCUGCCUACUUUGCCAAGAGUGCCACCAUCUACAAUCCCGUCAUUUAUGUCUUCAUGAACCGACAAUUCCGUGUAUGCAUAAUGCAGCUCUUUGGAAAGAAGGUGGAUGAUGGCUCUGAGGUGUCCACAUCCAAGACAGAAGUGUCCUCUGUGGCUCCUGCAUAAAUUGCACACCAGAUCUCAGAGCAAACGUCUCGACUCAGACAUGGGGAAAAAAAGAUGAAAAUGGGACUUUUUAUAUUCCUUUUUUAGCCUCACCGUAUCUUGAUGAUUCUGCUUCCAGAUAUUUCCCUUGGAGUGAUGGGGAAUAUCUUUUUGCAUGACAGUGUGUGUUAAGAUUACUUUCUCAGUGGCUCUGUGACUUAAGAUCCACAGGAACAAUAUUACAGUUUUUAUGGUAAGCAUGUGUCACACUAUUAUUGUCCACUGGCUAUUCAGAAGGUUGUAAGCCUAUAUAUAGCACCUUUUUUGGGAAAGCGACACUCAGUAAAAGGUAAUUGCCUAAUUCUAAUCCACAAUUCUGCUGGACUGAUGUUCAGUGGCAAUGUAAUAAUGUCUCUUUAAGUUUUAUUUUGUGGCAAUCUUGCAAGAAAACUAAAAUGACAACAACAACAAAAUGUUUGAUAGAUAGAUAGAUGCCUGCUCAUGUACAGCAUGUAAUAUAGUUCUAUUUUAUU